CUUUAUUUGGAAAAGAAGAAAGUCGAAAAUGAGUCUAACUGAAGAACUAGUUUUGAAACGAUCUAAAGCUGACAGUUUAGAGUCUGUGCGGACCCUCAACUGCUGGGGCUGUAGUCUGAGCGAUGUGCAACUUCUGAGUCAGCUGGAUAAUUUAGAAGUCCUCAAUCUUAGUGGUAACAAUCUGUCUACUCUCAAGGAUCUCAAAGAUUGUACAAAGCUUCGAGAGCUGUUCAUUCGUCGAAAUAAGCUGACGGAUUUCAGUGAACUAGCCCACCUUGCACAACUGAAAAACCUCAAGGUGGUGUGGCUCAACGGUAACCCUCUCAGUGAAGCCACCUCCUACAGGAGCCAAGUGGCAAAGAUGCUGCCGCAGAUAACCAAGUUGGAUAAUAUUGAGUUGAGUCCUGCCAGUGAGAGUGGAAUGGGGAGUGGUGAUCGUGUGCUGGAGGCUGUACAGUUGCUGCUACGAGAGCUCAAUCAGACGCAACUAGAAACUGUUCGAGACACUGUGACUGGCAUGCUUAGAUAGAGUUACUUACUUACUCUGAUCGAUCUGUUCAUGUUCUUCUUUUAUACUAUUUGUGUUGCAUACGUCAUCUUUAAAUAAGUGUGGUAUCACUGUAA